GUCGACAUCGCGAUAUCGACAGUUCUUUCAAAAUUUCUGCUAUUGUUUCUUUCUCUCCGUGCCUUGAUUGUCGAAACUGGAGAUCAACAUCACUAUUGCUGUUCAAUUUUAGCUCUUAGACCGGGAGGCUUUGCCUGAAAGCCACCAUGAGGUCGUUACACUGGAUUCGCCGUUAUUCGUACGGUGUUGGUCAUGUUAUGAACGACUUGUGUGCCGCCAUGUGGUUCAGUUAUCUGCUGGUUUUUUACCAUGGCGUUCUUGGUAUCAGCAACUUCAGCGCCGGCCUCAUCAUGCUUAUUGGGCAGGUUGCCGACGCCAUGUUCACACCGUUUAUUGGCGUAGCUGCAGACAGCACAAAGAGCGAGUACGGGCCACGCAAGACCUGGCAUCUUCUUGGCACGUUCUGCGUACUCAUCUCCUUCUCGUUCAUCUUCCGCGAGUGUAUUGACUGUGAGAAUGCAUCUGCCUGGGCCAUUAGUCUGUACUACUGCUGCUUUGUAGUGGUGUUUCAGUUUGGAUGGGCGUCCGUGCAGAUCUCUCACCUCUCCCUCAUCCCACAGCUGACUCACGACAGUCUGGAGCAGGUCUCUCUCAACGGUCUGCGAUAUGCUUUCACCAUUAUGAGUACAAUUGCUGUCUACAUCAGCAUGUGGCUCUUACUGGAGUUCGACAAGUCCAAGGAUGGUGAGCUGAAUGCUGCAGAUAGUCCCAUCUUCAUGGAAAUGGGCUACUCUGUAUUGGCUGUGGGAGCGAUAUUUGUUCUGAUAUUUCACCUGGGCGUUAAAGAGAAAUCACCUGCGGAUGCUAUGCGUGACGAGCCAGCAUUCAAGUCAAAGUCGUCGUGGAGGAAGUGGUUCAAGCGUCUACCUUUCUAUCAGAACGCUCUUAUUUACAUGUCAUCUCGACUGAUGGUGAAUAUCUCUCAAAUCUAUGCUCCUCUGUACAUUCUGCAUUCCCUACAUCUACACAAGAGAAACAUUGCCAUCUUUCCGCUGGUGGUGUACGUCAGUGGCUUCAUCACCACGCUACUCAUGCGCAAAAUCAAUGAACGUAUAGGAACACGGGUCACAUACUUAUUGGGAUUAGUGACGUUCCUUGGAGCUUGUGUAUGGUUCCAUUUCCAGAAGCCUCGGUAUGAGUGCGUAGACUUACCUGUGGACACAACCAUACCACCGACCACUCACAACAUCUCCAUCCUAGAGCCAUGCUUAGCCACACAAAAGAUUGAGUAUCACUCAUCGCUGGCAGUGGAGUCUGUGUUUGGUGCCGGUGUACUGCUCGGCAUGGGUGGCUCCACAGCGCUGGUCACAUCUUUGUCAAUGACGUCUCAUCUGAUCGGCAAAGAAACCGAUAGUGGAGCAUUUGUAUAUGGCGCCAUGUCGUUCAUGGACAAACUCUCCAAUGGCAUUGCUGUGCAAGUGAUACAGACGUUACAUCCGUGUGGGCAUGUGGUGUGUUGUCUAGCAUGCGAGUCCUACUACCGUCAGAUCCUGGUGUACGUUCCCGGCAGUGCAGCGUGCUUUGCCUUCCUGGUUCUUGUGUGGAUGGUGAUAAGAGAGCGUGCGGACAAUGCUAUGGCCUCUGGGGCAGAGCUGCAAAAUGAUACGGAGCCGAUUGACAUUCAUUUCCAGAGAGGGAACAACUAUGGAACUGUUACUGCGCCAUCACCUGAUAAAUCAAUCAAUUCCGUGGAGAGACGACCAUUGCUUGACGAGUAAAGUUUAUACGGCGCGCAGGUACUAUAUUUGUACCGGUGUCUGUACCGGUGUAUGCGAUGAGCUCAACGCCGCAUGAUGACAACUCCACCGUUGUCAUGUACCGGUGGGUGUGUGUUCUGCUGGUUUGUUGGGAUACUGGCACACACGCUGCUCUGCCACCUUGAGGAGCAAUGGAGGUGUACUCGUGUCGCGGUUUUGUUGGCAAGGAAGGCUACUCUUCAGUCCACUGCACUGCCCACCACCUGGUCAUCGUGGGCACUCUCUCACUCUCUCACUCUCACUCUCUGGCGUCCGCUGGGCUCGCUGCGAGCGGAGACGUCACGUGUGUAUGUAUGUGCGUGUGUGCGUGCAUGUGUGUGCGUAUGUGUGUUUGGGUGUGGGAGUUGUGACUUGUGUGCAUGCGGUACUGCAGCUCUCCCCGUGUGUAGGCAUAACACGGUACCUUCUUUUGAACCCUUUAUCUGUGAGCUGGACAGAGAUCAGAAACACAGAGAGAGAGAGAGGAUUCCGAGCAAGAUGAAACCAUUUCUUGACCAUAUUUUACAGGCAGUUUUCCGCAUAGGUACUUGAAUUUUUGUUCUCUCAAGAUAACCACCUGGUUUGCAUGUGUGCAUUGUAUUGUGUGUGCAUGUGCACACAUGUGGAUGCCUGCAUGCCUGGUAGGACGUACAGAUUUUCACCUUCAUAUUUGUCGGCUGGCCGGUCCUCUAGUCCCGUCGCCCUCUCUCGAGCAAGUUCUAGAUGCGCAUGCAUGUGUGUGCGUGUGUGCGCAUGUGUGUGUAUGUGUGUGUGUGUGUGUGUGUGUGUGUGUAUGUGUGUUUUGCACCUGCACAUCAAUAGGGCAGAUAUUAUUACAUCUGCAUGCGAGGUCCGUUUGCGUAGACUAGGCUGUUCAUUCGUUCUCAACAAAACCACUGUAGGUGUCUUUCUUUCUCCGAAAGGUCAACAUACUCUCGCCUCAAUCCACUAUAUCUAUGCUUUGCUUUGAUCUGCUAUUAAGUUAAGACAUCUGCUGGAGAUUGUGGUAUCUUGGCAGUGCCGAAAUUCAUUCAUUUUAUAUUUUCAGUAUUUAUAUACUAGAAUGGUGACAGACACUCUGAUAUCAAGGUCAUGCUUGUUCAUCAAGAACAACAGUCAAUAGCAGUAGAAUUUGGCUCA